UCGCUUAACCAAACCCUCUACUUUAUCAAAAAAGGUAUUAUUAGGGUCGUAUAUAAAUAUAGGUGUACUCUUAUCUCUUUAUCUGUAUUGUGGAAUCCAUCGGUGCUUCGUAUAUUCGUUAGACUGUGAAAAAGUAGAUAACCAAAACUAACGACGUCAAUAUGUGCGGAUCAGCGAUGGGUUGUGCUGAAGGGAUUGUGAAAUUGUUUGUGUUUGGGGCGAAUAUAAUUUUUGCUCUCGGUGGUCUUGCUCUCAUCGUCGUAGGAGUAUUAUAUAAACUAAACAUAAAUGAUUUUACUGACGCAAUACCAGAUGACUACAGCGCGAUAGGCGUAGCUCCUAUAUUGACCAUUGUAGUAGGCUCAAUAAUAUUCGUCAUCGCAUUCUUUGGAUGCUGUGGAGCCAUCAGAGAAAGCCCAUGUUUGCUUACAACGUACGGAGUUAUCUUGUUGGUAAUAUUUUUACUUCAAAUCGCCGUUGGAGUAUUUGCUUUUAUAGAGAUAAAGGACAAAGAAAAUUUCCAAACCAAAGUGAACAAUCAAAUGGAUAAAUUAUUUGCUGAGUCCAAGGAAAAGAAUAAACACGAAUUAACAGAUCUAAUUCAAACAGAAUUUGAAUGCUGUGGUCCUGAUGGUCCAUCAUUCUGGGGAAGUUCUAUACCAAAAUCAUGUUUGGAUUCAGAUAAAACACCAUAUAAGAGCGGAUGCAAGACAGUUUUUUACGACUUUCUUAAUAAAGCCAUGAACGUUAUUGGUAUAACGCUUUUGGCACUUUCGGCCCUCGAGGUAAUUGGUUGUGUAUUUUCACUCUGCUUGUCCAGCAGUAUAAAGAACAGGGAAAGAAGAUUCAGGUACUAAGGUUUCUCAAAGAAAAAUUCAGCCUUAAGGAAUAUAAAACUUGUCAUUAUUUAAGUGAACUAAUUAGUUUGUUAACAUGUUUCUCUAAUAAACAUCUUCGUUUUUCUAGACAACAUU